CUUUCACCUUUCAUUCCUGUCCAGUCAGUCGGUCCUGGGACAGGACACAGCGAGCAAUCAGUCAGAGCCAGACUGUAACACACCUCACAGACAUCAGCAACUCCAACAUGGCCCAGCUCGGAGGGAUGGAAGGUCACCGGUUCCUGAACUGGGCAAAAACCUACAGCUGUGAGCCUGAGCUGUAUUUUGAGCCCACCUCAGUGGAAGAGGUGAGACAGAUCCUGUUGCUGGCCAAGCAGCGCUGUAAGAGGGUGAAGGUGGUCGGGGAAGGCCAUUCCCCGUCGGACAUCGCAUGCACGGAGGGCUACCUGAUCAAGCUCAAUAAACUCAACCGGCUCCUCAAGGUGGAUGUGAUGAAGCAGCAGGUGACGGUGGAGGCGGGAAUCCUCCUCACGGAGUUGAACGAGGACCUCACACAACACGGAUUGGCACUCUCCAAUAUGGGCGCUGUGUCUGACGUCACCGCUGGAGGAGUGAUCGCCACCGGCACCCACAACACAGGCAUCCGGCACGGUAUCCUGGCCACACAGGUGGUGUCUCUGUGCCUGAUGACGGCUGCGGGUGAGGUGCUGGAGUGCUCCGAGCAGCAGAACCAGGAGGUGUUCCGGGCGGCCUCGCUGCACUUGGGCUGCCUGGGGGUGGUCCUUACCCUGACCAUCCAGUGCCAGCCCGCGUUCCUCAUCCACCAGCGCCGCUUCCCAGCCUCACUCACACAGGUUCUGACCGAGUUGGAUGAUCACCUCCAGCGUUCUGAGUAUUUCCGUUUCCUGUGGUUCCCGCACACCGACAACGUCAACGUCUACUACAGCGAUCGCACCGACAAGCCACUGAAAUGCAGCUCGAACUGGUUCCGUGAUUACGCUGUCGGUUAUUACCUCCUGGAACUGUUACUGUGGGUCAGUUUCUUCCUCCCGUGGUUGACCACCUGGAUCACUCGGGCCUAUUUCUGGGCCAUUUACUCCGUGAGACAGGAGCAGGUCCAGCGCAGUGACCGAGCUUUCAGCUGUGAAUGUCUCUUCAAACAGUAUGUGUCUGACUGGGCCAUUCCCAUACACAGGGCUGGGGAGGCCCUGCGGCAGUUACAGGUCUGGCUGGGACGGCACGAGGGGGAGACGGCUCACUUCCCGGUUGAGGUGCGUUUCGCCCGCGGUGACGACAUCCUGCUCAGCCCCUGCUAUAGGCAGGACAGCUGCUACAUCAACAUCAUCGCCUACAGGCCAUAUGGGAGGGAGCCGCAGCGCGAGAGAUACUGGGCAGCGUACGAGGCCAUCAUGAGGGAGAACGGAGGCCGUCCCCACUGGGCAAAGGCUCACAGUUGUGUCCGCGAGGACUUUGAGAAGAUGUACCCGGGUUUCCGCACGUUUUGCUCCAUCCGAGAGAGGCUUGAUCCCACCGGAAUGUUCCUCAACGCGUACCUGGAGAGAACCUUCUUCUGAUCAACUGUCCCCCCACC